UCUCCUUUCCACUCUUUUCCGUCUUCAACAACAAUUCACUGCACGCAUUUGGGUUUUUUUAUUCUCUGCGUAACCAGCAACAUACAAAUUCUUGUGGGUCUUUGAUUUUUUCACCACAUGGAGAGGGAAUUUUUUGGCUUAAGCUCCAAAAAUGGUGCAUGGAUUACUAUGAAAGAAGAUGGUGCCAACAAACCAAAAGACCCAGUGAGGAGUUCAGGAAUGCAGUGGUCAUUCUCAAACAAGGUCUCGGUUCUUCCUCAAUUCCUGUCCUUCAAGAACAAUCAGGAAGAUAGAGUGAGAAAGACUCUUCUUGAUCCACUAGCCUCAUCUGGAUAUAUGAACAUGCCACCUAAAGAUGCUUUUGACUCUAACCAAAAACCAUUCUUAGGUGUGACCCAGAAUAAUUUGUCCAUAGGAAAGCAGGCAGGAAACAAGCAUGGAAUGUCAAUUUAUCCUCAGCAAUGUUCAGAUGCACAAUCAGCAUCCCUUCAGGAAGCAACAAUAUUUUCAGUUUCCAACCAAUCAAAUCUUGCUACUACAGGACUAAACAUGGUCAAUUCAGUCAUAAAACCACAAGCUCCUGGUUCCAAAUCCUCUGGCACACCUGUAUCUGUUCUUCCACCAAUAGGUUCCAUUGUUGGAUCUACUGACUUAAGCAGGAAUUGUUCCAAAUCCACUGGCACACCUACUCAGCUUACCAUUUUCUAUGCUGGUUCAGUAUGCGUUUUUGAUGACAUAACUCCUGAGAAGGCCAAGGCUAUCAUGUUAAUGGCAGGAAAUAGGUCUACUCCAAUUCAGAACAUGGCAGUUUCCACAGCUAAAUUUCAGCCAACAAUCUCAAUUCCCUCCAAAGAUGAUGGUUUCAUUAUAAGUCAAUCCUAUCCCUCCUCACCCUUGCCAAGCCCUCUCCCACUAACUUCUCUAGCCAAUUCUCAAUCUAUAGGAGGAUCUUCUAGCAACAAUGAACUUGCAAAAAUAAGACCAAUAGGACCUUCAUCUGCCCCUCCUAACUAUUUGGAAUCUCCUAUUGUUGUUGCUUCUGCUGCUACAAAAAUGGUUCAACGAGUAUGCUUGCCUCAGGCACGUAAAGCAUCCUUGACUCGGUUUUUGGAGAAGAGAAAGGGAAGGAUGACGAGCACAUCACCAUACUUCCAUAUGAGCAAGAAAUCACCCGAAUGCAACUCUCUUGGAUCAGACAGUGUUAGUUUCUCUUUGAACUUCUCUGGUUCCUGUCCUCUACCAGCUACCAACUAGCCCUUAUGAAGAUCAUCAAUGGAAGUUUAGACUUAUAUACUUCUGUAAUUGUAAGAUCAAUUCUUUCUGUCAUUGGUAGAGAAAUUAAGUAGGCAUUUUUGUCCUAAAUAUUUUCUUUUCUUUUCCAAGCUUUUCAUUAUCAUUACUUUUAUAGUAAUUUACGUCACUAUGAAGAUCUUGCAAG